CACGCCCACGGAACAAACUAAUCUGAGCCAUCCACACCAUCCAUCACCCACGCACUAUUAAACCUACCGCCCUCCACCCUCCAUAUCAUCACCGCAGUAAUACUGAAGUCUCCAUACACCCCCUUCAAGUCAUUGCCUCGUUUUCCUUAUUUUUUUCUUUUAUUUUUUCCUAAAAAAUUCUCAAUUUUAAUUUAAAAAAACCCCUCAAAAUCCAUUUUCUUCUAUUUUAAUAUAAUAAUUUUCACCGGAUAUAUAUAUUUACACACAGAGAAAUCGAUAUAUACAGCGUCGUAUACGUAUUUUUUCCGGAUCUGAGGCUCGUCGGAACCCACCGGUGCUUAAACCCGAACACUUUCACGUUUUGUCGAAGAAAACCCUAAAACACCCCCGGCGAGUCUUUUUCUCUCUGUUUCUUCGCUGUCUGGAUCUUUCACCCUGUCUGUACGCCGGAGUUGUUUUUUGUUUCUGCAGUAGACGCCGGAGUCGUCUGUUGUGGUACUUUUUUGUUGCCUUGAGUGUAAAGGAGGUUUAUGUUGGCUAAAUGGAAACCAACAGUUGUAUGGGGAUCAAAUGGGAGAAAGCUUAAGUCGAGUCUCUGUACCUGGCUGCACUUUUACAACUAAACAAUGAAGGACAGAUAUUAGACAAGAAGGGAUUAUUGCAGGGCAGAAGAGAGAGGUAGUAAUGCUCUUCCUGAGAGAACAAAAGCCAUUAUUGGUUGUAAAAAAAGAAUUGCGGCUCAGAGAGUAUUCCAUGGAGCUUAGCACAACAUAUUUGUGAAAGUUGUUCUUUAUCCGGGGACUUGUUAUCUGAUAAUUGGCUGUGCAUAUAGCCUUUGGAUGCUUUAACUAUGAGAUAGGCAUCUUGGAACAGUCAUGGCCUCCAAGGGUCCAAGGUCUAAACUUGACCAUGAAUCGCGGGCUAGAAGACAGAAGGCACUCGAAGCUCCGAAAGAACCUCGGCGUCCUAAAACACAUUGGGACCAUGUUUUGGAAGAGAUGGUUUGGUUGUCAAAGGACUUUGAGUCAGAGAGGAAAUGGAAACUGGCUCAGGCAAAGAAAGUUGCAAUAAGAGCCAGCAAGGGCAUGCUGGAUCAGGCCACAAGAGGGGAGAAGAGAGUAAAGGAAGAGGAGCAGAAAUUAAGAAAACUGGCACUCAAUAUUUCCAAGGAUGUGAAGAAAUUCUGGACAAAAAUAGAGAAGCUGGUUUUGUACAAGCAUCAGUUAGAACUUGAUGAGAAGAAGAAGAAAGCACUUGAUAAGCAGCUUGAGUUCCUUCUUGGGCAAACUGAAAGGUACUCGUCAAUGCUGGCCGAGAACCUUGUGAAUUCACCCACUCUUUGCAAAUCAUCAAACUUGUGCACUAUCCAAGAGCAGCCCAUUAUUCAUCAGAAAGGAGGUGACGAAAGCGAUAAAAAGGCAUCCGAAUCAGAUACUGGGUCCCAGUCAAAGGUCUGUGUGCAAGAUGAAGACUAUGAUUUGCAGCCUGGAGAUGAAUCGGAAGAUGAUGAGCGUACUAUUGAGGAAGAUGAGGCCCUCAUCACUAAAGAAGAGAGGGAAGAAGAACUGGCAGCAUUACAAAGUGAAAUUGAUUUACCUCUUGAGGAGAUACUCAAACGCUAUGCUGCACAGGAAGUUGAGGGAGAAAAUAGUCCAAACAAGGAUGAUAACAUCUCGGAAGCAACUAAGCUGAACGAAUAUAAUGGGAAAGAAGAUGAUGUUGGAUAUGCCACUGAGAUACAAGUGAGUUUGCCUGCAAAACCUGGUCGUCGUUGUGCUGAAAGUAAUGGCAUUUUAUCUGUGUCAGAAAACCAUGGUCCUGUGGUUGAAAAAUACAAACGGAGAGAUUCUCUGAACAGACUUCUAGAAUCAGAGAAGACACCGAUGUUGCAUGAGUCAAAUGAUGAUCAAGAAGAUGAUGAUUUUGUACUUUCAGCUGGAGAAGAAAAGGAAUAUGACAUGGAUGAUGAGACAACCCUUUUAGAGGAGGAAGAAUUAGCUAAUGCAGAGUCAAACAAUACCGUGGAUGAGAUUGCACUUCUGCAGAAGGAAAGUGAAGUUCCCAUAGAGGAACUGAUUGCAAGGUAUAAAGAGAACUGUGAUGAUGAUGAAGGAGUGGAAGAUGGCUCCGAGUCCUUGUCUGCUUCUGGUUCUGAGGCCUUCUUGGGUUCUUCAGAACAGGGAAACUCUGAACUUAAGCGGCCUGAUGGUGAAUCUAAUGGAUUCCAGAUGGAUAUACGCCCCUAUCCAGAAGAAGAUGAAGCUGAAUGUUCGGGAAAAUCUGGAGAAGAUACCCAGAAUGAUGAUAUAAUUGCUGAUGCAGCGGCUGCAGCCAGGUCAGCGCAACCUACUGGUAACACAUUCUCAACAACGAAAGUUCGAACGAAGUUUCCUUUUCUUCUCAAGUAUCCUCUGCGUGAGUAUCAACAUAUUGGCUUGGAUUGGCUUGUGACCAUGUAUGAGAAGAGACUUAAUGGAAUCCUUGCUGAUGAAAUGGGGUUGGGAAAGACAAUCAUGACAAUUUCUCUGCUUGCUCAUCUAGCUUGUGAAAAGGGAAUAUGGGGUCCACAUCUUAUUGUUGUUCCAACUAGUGUCAUGCUCAAUUGGGAGACUGAGUUUCUUAAAUGGUGUCCUGCUUUCAAAAUAUUGACCUACUUUGGAAGUGCAAAAGAGCGGAGAAUUAAGAGGCAAGGAUGGUUGAAACCUAAUUCAUUUCAUGUUUGCAUAACGACUUAUAGGCUUGUCAUCCAGGACUCGAAAGUUUUCAAGCGGAAGAAGUGGAAGUACCUGAUUCUGGAUGAAGCCCACCUGAUAAAGAACUGGAAGUCACAAAGAUGGCAAACACUACUUAAUUUUAACUCCAAAAGGCGUAUUCUUCUAACUGGUACACCACUGCAGAAUGACCUUAUGGAACUCUGGUCUUUAAUGCAUUUCUUGAUGCCGCAUAUAUUUCAAUCUCACCAAGAAUUUAAGGAUUGGUUCAGUAAUCCUAUAUCUGGGAUGGUUGAGGGACAAGAGAAAGUAAACAAAGAAGUAGUUGAUCGGCUGCAUAAUGUUCUCCGUCCUUUCAUACUUCGUCGACUGAAAAGGGAUGUUGAGAAGCAGCUUCCAAUGAAACAUGAACAUGUUAUCUAUUGUAGGCUAUCUAGGAGGCAGCGUAACUUAUAUGAGGACUUCAUUGCUAGCUCUGAGACGCAAGCUACUCUAGCUAGUGCUAAUUUUUUUGGAAUGAUUAGUGUUAUUAUGCAACUUCGUAAAGUCUGCAAUCAUCCUGAUUUAUUUGAAGGUCGUCCAAUUGUUAGUUCGUUUGAUAUGAGCGGUAUUGACAUGCAAUUGAGUUCUUCUGUAUGUUCAAUGCUUGCAUCUGGACCAUUUUCAACUGUUGACCUUUGUGGCUUGGGGUUUGUGUUCACACAUCUAGAUUUCUCCAUGACAUCUUGGGAGAGUGAAGAAAUUCAAGCUAUUGCUACCCCUUCAAGCUCAAUUGUGCAGCGUGUAACCCUGGCUAAUUUGGAGGAGAAUUGGCUUGGGAUCAAACAUAAGAAAAAGAUGCAUUCAACGAAUAUCUUUGAAGAUAUCCAAAAGGCACUAUUGGAGGAUAGAUUAAGAGAAGCUAAGGAGCGAGCAGCAGCUGUUGCAUGGUGGAAUUCUUUGAGGUGCAAGAGAAAACCCAUGUAUGCCACUGGUCUACGUGAGCUUGUCUGUGUCAAACAUCCUGUCCACGAUAUUCAUUGUCAGAAACAGAAUCCUUUGUGUUAUCUGUACUCAUCCAAGCUUGCUGACAUAGUUCUGUCACCUGUUGAAAGAUUCAGAAAGAUGGUUGAUCAGGUUGAAAGUUUCAUGUUUGCAAUACCUGCUGCACGUGUCCCUCCUCCAGUGUGCUGGUGUAGUAAGGGCAGAUCACCUGUAUUUGUUCAAGACACAUGUAAAGACAGAUGGUCUCAAGCUUUUUUCCCUCUACUUACUCCAUUCCGGCCUGCUAUUGUCCGAAGGCAAGUGUACUUUCCAGAUAGGAGACUUAUUCAGUUUGACUGUGGUAAGCUGCAAGAGCUAGCAGUUUUGCUGAGGCGGCUGAAAUCAGAGGGUCACAGAGCACUGAUAUUCACCCAAAUGACAAAGAUGCUUGAUAUUUUGGAAGCAUUCAUCAAUUUGUAUGGUUACACUUACAUGCGGCUAGAUGGUUCUACUCAGCCUGAGGAGAGGCAAACACUUAUGCAGCGGUUUAAUACAAACCCAAAAAUUUUUCUUUUUAUUUUGUCGACACGCAGUGGAGGUGUUGGCAUCAACCUAGUUGGGGCGGAUACUGUAAUCUUUUAUGAUAGUGACUGGAAUCCAGCCAUGGAUCAACAGGCGCAAGAUAGGUGUCACAGGAUAGGCCAGACACGUGAAGUUCACAUCUAUAGGUUGAUCAGUGAGAGCACCAUUGAAGAAAAUAUUUUGAAAAAGGCUAAUCAGAAGCGUGCUCUUGAUGAUUUGGUCAUUCAGAGCGGAAGUUACAACACUGAAUUCUUUAAGAAACUGGAUCCAAUGGAACUGUUUUCGGGCACAGUUCCCCAAAAAGAUGUGCAGACAGAGAAAACUUCUAACAAUACUGGUGACACUGCCUUGUCUAGUGUGGAUUUGGAGGCUGCUUUAAAAAAUGCUGAAGAUGAGGCAGACUACAUGGCGUUGAAGAAAGUUGAGGAAGAAGAGGCUGUGGAUAAUCAAGAAUUCACAGAGGAAGGUGUUGGGAAGUUGGAGGAUGAUGAGUUUGUCAAUGAAGAGGAGCUGAAGCCCGAUUGUCCUGCUGAGCAUACUGCCCUGAAUGCAAAAUCAGAUGAAGGCAAUGUGGUGAGAGGAAGUCAUCCAGUUGAGGAAGGGGCCCUUGCUUUCCCUUAUAAAGAAGAUGAUGUUGACAUGCUAGCUGAUGUCAAACAAAUGGCUGCUGCUGCAGCUGCAGCAGGACAAGCAAUCUUGUCUUUUGAGAAUCAACUACGUCCAAUUGAUCGAUAUGCAAUACGUUUUCUUGAGUUAUGGGAUCCAAUUAUUGACAAAGCUGCAAUUGAAUCCCAUACUGAGAUUGAGGAAACUGAAUGGGAACUGGAACGCAUUGAGAAGUUAAAGGAUGAUAUGGAAGCAGAAAUUGAUGAUGAUGAAGUACCUUUGGUGUAUGAGAGCUGGGAUGCUGAUUUUGCAACUGAAGUAUACAAACAGCAAGUUGAAGCACUAGCUCAGCAUCAGUUGAUGGAAGACCUGGAACGUGAAGCCCAGGAAAAGGAAGCUUUGGAAAAUGGAAAUUCUGAUUCUCCGAGGAACAAUAUUUCUGUGGCUGCCAAACCCAAGUCGAAGAAGAAAACCAAAAAGGCCAAGUUCAAAUCUUUGAAGAAAGGAGCUUUGGUUUCUAAAUCCAUCUCUGUGAAAGAAGAGUCAUCAAUAGAACCAAUGUCCAUAGAUGAUGACUUAAUCGAUGAUGAAAUGAUCACAUCCCCAGAACCUUUAUCCCCUUGCUCAACUCAGGAAAAGAAACGUAAACCUGCUUCAGAUGAUGAAGAGCAGAAGAGCAGAAAGAAGUCCAGGAAGUUGAAGGCUUCUGAACUAGGAGACAUGCUUCUGUAUCCCAAAUAUUCCAGCAAGCACCAAAAUGAACUUAAGGACUUGAAAAUAUGUGAUAAUGGAGUUCUUGAUCUUGAAUGUAAGCAAACAAACAGGAGCAGGGCACGAGGAAAACUUUCUAUUCCCAUCAUGCCUCUGAAACGAGUUUUCACAAUAAAACCAGAAAAGCUAAAAAAGAAAGCAAAUGUUUGGUCCAAGGACUUUUUCCCAUCUCCUGAUCUUUGGUCACCAAAAGAAGAUGCAGUAUUAUGUUCUGUUGUUCAUGAGUAUGGCCCAAAUUGGAACUUGGCAAGUGAAAUCUUGUAUGGAAUGACUGCUGGUGGAUCUUACCGGGGCAGAUUUCGUCACCCUAUUCAUUGCUCUGAGAGAUUUCGGGAACUCAUCCAAAGAUAUGUUUUCUCUGCCAGUGAUGCUACAAAUAAUGAUAAGGCUGUUGGUAUUGGUUUUGGGAAGUCUCUGCUUAGAGUAACUGAGGAUAACAUCCGGGUGUUGCUUGGCAUUGCUUCUGAACUACCAGAUCAUGAACUGCUUCUUCAAAAGCAUUUCUUUGCGGUGCUUUCUGCGGCCUGGAGGGAUCAAUCCCGUUCCACCCAUAGGAACAAAGCUCUAUUUUCUCAAAAAGGAUUUUAUCCUUCUCAGAAGUUAUCUGGCUCUACAAUCAACCAUCAGACUCCGAUGGGGAAAUUAUCGGGAAAGAUGGAAUUUACUAAUUUGCUUCAGUGUGGGAAGUUAAUAGCUGCGGCAUUGAGUGGUGACAGCAGUUGUCAAAGUGGUGAGACGUUGCCCGUCUUCAACCAGGACGAACUUUUGGUGGCGAGAGAGCGGUUAGAUUUAACACUUGAACUUCAGGAAGAAUGCAAUGAAGCUUCAUCCCUUCCCUCAGUGAUCAAUGUUUCAAUUCUUGGCCCCGACCCUCCAUCUUUGAAGAUGAAUGCGGGAGACGACCGCCAUUUCAAAUCUGCCCAGAGGCAGUUCAGAACCGCAUCAGGGACGCACAUCGACAGCUAUAAUCGUGGGGAAUCACAAGGUUUUGCCAUGGGAGAUUCUAGGUCUUGGACACCACAAUUGCCGUAUUUGGGGAAACACAAGCUCCCUGUUCCCGACUCGGUAAAGCCUUCAAAGUCGAAAUUGAGAAAAACAAGUAAAGAUCAUACUGAUUUGCAUUGUCUAACUACUAGUGAAGUCUUCCAACCUAUGCCACUUAUUCCGGCUGACCCUCCCAGUAUGAGGUUUGAUGAGUUCUCCGCCUGCUUACCAGAAGCUGGAAUUCUUGAAUUUGACAGUAAUUGCUUCCUUGACAUGGGUAGUGAAGUUACUUUCCUGGACACUCCCAGAGUCGUCCCGUUCCAUUUCGGACCAGAUUUAACGUCUGGACUAGAUGAUUUUUCAAUAUUGCCUGAAUUUACGGAUAUUGGGUAAAGCAAGAUAAUGCAAAACCAAAAGUCACCUCACAGUUUUCGGGUCAGAGAGUGGCCAUGUUUUUUGGAAUGGCUUAAUCUCAGGAAGGAGGUGCUCCCAGUCAAUGAAGGUAUUCAUUACUCAAGGCUGAGGAGUCAUUGCUGUACUCUCGGGGAAUAAUCAAACAGAAAGAAUGGCUUCUUUGGAUGUGCUUGGUUGAACCGCGAUUCAAAUUUCCCCGAUGGUCUACAAAUGCUGAAAGGUGAAUGCCGAAAUUUGAUGCAUAUAGUGGCAGCAGAUAUAGGAAGUAGAUAUCCUAGAGGCGAGAUAUGUGAUGUCAGUAAGUAGGGUGUAGCAUAGUAUUCUUGCAAGUGGUCUUUGUGCUGCUUAAUUUUUGUUGGUGGAAGGAACAAUGUGCUUGCAAUUUUGGGGGUAUAUUUCUCAAAGUUUUUAUUUAUUAAUCCAUGUGAUGCAGGCACAUUCCUGAAACAAUCAGCACUAUUCAACAAAAAGAAAAGUCUAUUCA